AGUGUUGUCUGCGGCUGCGCGGGCGGAUCGGGAGGACAAUGGCGGCGGCGGCGGUGAUGAGACUGAGACUGGGCUCGGGCUCCCGGGGCCUGAGGAAGGGCCUGGGAUUGACCCGCACAGAGUCCGGCAUCGCAGCAGGACCACAAGGGCUGGAGGACCCAUCUCUGGUUUUGCCCCCCUUCCAGAGCCGUAAGUACCAACCUCCUGAGCAGCUGGAAGAGAUGGUGCGGGCAGCAGUGGAACGGGUCACAGGUACGCCCUCUGGCCCAGACUGGCAGGAGGCUCCGCUGGGUGAGGGCCAGAGGUUCCGACUCCUCUGUGAACUGGCGCAAGCGCUCAAACACAGGGUGCCCAAUUCCCAGCUCCAUCAGGCCAGGAGUCCGGGAGAGCUGCUGCGCUUUUACCAGCAACCAGUCGACGCGGACCCCUCUGUCUUCCAGGAACUGGCUCACUCGAAGCUGCCUCCCAAUAUCCGCAUCAACUGGGGCUACGACGGGAAUGGAGGGGAAGGAAUGUAGCCAGGCCGAGAGAAGGAGUGCUUGGAGGUCUGUGUCCUGGGAGGCUGGCAUUCGAUGUACGUCCUUCCCUCAGGGAGCAAGAAGGGAUAUCCCUCAGUCCACAUUGCACUGAGGUGGGGGGAGGGGGAAGCAGUUACAUUACCCCUCUGCGUCUGUGGACCCUAAGCACUGAAUAAAUCUUUUUCUUCAAGGUG